AUGGAAUCGGCGGGGAACGACCGGAGGGACGCGGCGCUGGGGAGCCUGGCGGUCCUCCCCGACGAGCUGCUCUGCGCCAUCGUCGACCUCCUCGAGCCCACCGACAUCGGCCGCCUCGCAUGCGUCAGCAGUUACCUCCAUGUGUUAGCUAAGAAUGUGGAUUCUGAGUGGCGGAGGCAGGAAUAUUUUUCUGGUGUGGCGGAGUUUAUGAAGGAGAAAAUCAUUGUCAUGUACAUACUUUGCAACGAGGAACCUCUCUGGAUGAGUAAAUAUCUUUCUGUUGGUGGUCAUCUUGAGUACAAAGGUUCUUGGAAGAAAACAACAUUGUCUAGGCUUAGUCUUUGCUCCGGAAAUAGUGAGCUUGAGCAGAAGGCUCGUCAUUUUGAUGGAUUCAAUUCCUUGUUCUUAUACAGGAGAUGGUAUAGAUGUUUUACUACUUUGAGUAAUUAUUCCUUUGACAAUGGACAUGUGGAAAGAAAGGAUGACCUUUCUUUGGAUCAUUUCCAUUCUCAGUAUGAUGGAAAAGGCCCAGUUUUGCUUGGUAAGCUGGCUGAAACCUGGCCAGCAAGGACUAAAUGGGCAAUUCAGCAGCUGGUGCAUGAUUAUGGUGAAGUUACAUUUAGGAUAUCACAAAGAAGCCCUAAGAAGAUAAUAAUGAAACUGAAAGACUAUGUUUCUUACAUGGAACUCCAGCAUGAUGAAGAUCCUCUUUAUAUAUUUGAUGAUAAGUUUGGAGAAACAACACCAGCACUAUUGGAAGAUUACAGAGUACCUCAUUUAUUUCAAGAAGAUCUUUUUGGUGUCUUGGAUUAUGAACAAAGACCUGCUUUCAGAUGGCUUAUUAUUGGACCAGAAAGAUCAGGUGCCUCUUGGCAUGUUGAUCCAGGGUUAACCAGUGCGUGGAAUACUCUUCUUUGUGGCCGAAAAAGAUGGGCACUGUACCCUCCAGGAAGAGUGCCUGGUGGUGUCACGGUACAUGUAAGUGAUGAGGAUGGUGAUGUUGACAUUGAGACUCCAACGUCUUUGCAGUGGUGGCUUGAUAUCUAUCCUCAUCUUGCUGAACACGAGAAACCACUGGAAUGCACACAAUUACCAGGAGAGACCAUAUUUGUUCCUAGUGGAUGGUGGCAUUGUGUUCUAAACCUUGAGACUACUGUCGCAGUUACACAAAACUUUGUCAAUCAAUCAAAUUUUGAGCAUGUAUGUCUAGACAUGGCACCUGGUCACUGUCACAAAGGAGUUUGUCGUGCUGGCUUACUUGCUGUUCCAGGAAAAUCUAUUAGAGAUAUUGAAAAUCAUCCGCCUGGAACAAUGAGUGCAUGGAACCACAAUGACAUGACUCGUGCAGAAAAAAGACUGAAAGGUUCAGGGUCCGGAAGAGCUUCAAACAGUGCAAAUCAGUGUGCUUCAUUUGAGUUCUCAGAUGUCCAUGAAAGUUUGGAGAACCAAGUUUUCUCGUAUGAUAUAGGUUUCUUAUCCCAAUUUCUUGAGAAGGAAAAAGAUCACUAUACUUCUGUCUGGAGUCCUACUAAUCCAAUUGGCCAGAGAGAAGCAAGAGAAUGGCUGCGAAGGCUAUGGGUUCUUAAGCCUGAACUGAGAGGACUAAUAUGGAAGGGUGCAUGCCUAGCAAUAAGUGUGGACAAAUGGUAUGCAUGCUUAGAGGAAAUAAGUGCAUGCCAUAGUUUACCACCACCGUCAGAGGAUGAGAAGCUUCCUGUUGGCACAGGUAGCAACCCAGUCUUCAUUGUUUCUGACAAUGUGAUUAAAAUCUAUGCUGAAGGAGGCCUGGGUUAUUCUGCCCAUGGUUUAGGCACAGAGCUUGAGUUCUAUAAUCUUCUGCGAAAAGUUGGCUCGCCUUUGAUCAAUCACGUCCCUGAGAUCAUUGCAAGUGGAUUUCUUGUGUACGAAGAUGGCGUCUACAGAACAGUCCCAUGGGAUGGAAAAGGAAUGCCAGAUGUUUUGGCUAAAUACUAUCCUCUGGAGCUUUCUUACACAAACAGCUGUUUUCCUCUUGGAUUAUGGAGCAAACAGCAGUUUGGAAUGGAUAGUUCCACUGAAUGUUCAAACAAACCUAUUUGGCCUUACAUGGUUACGAGAAAAUGCAAAGGGGAUAUCUUUGCUCGUGUCCGUGAUACAUUGUCCAAGGCUGACCUUUUGAAUCUGGCAUCAUCCUUGGGAGUUCAAAUGCGAAAUAUCCAUUUAUUACCCCUUCCACAUGGGGAACCAUUACCCAAACCUGAAGACAAUAAUGUGAGAGACAGUGAUCCACCUGAAUGGAAACAAGUAAUUUCUACUUUAAACGGAAGAAGGAAUAAUAUAAAGAAGCACCUAGCUAACUGGGGGGGUACUGUCCCAACAGUUUUAAUUGAGAAGGCUGAAGAAUAUCUCCCUGCUGAUAUGAGCUCUCUAAUCAAGUUUGUUAAGGAUGACGAUGGUGACUCAGUGUACACAUUCCCUUGUUGGAUACAUUCAGAUAUUAUGGACGAUAACAUUCUUACUCAGAGGUCCCUCACUGAUGCCAAAAGCACUUGUGAGAGAGAUCUGGAGAAACUGGAUGCAAUUAAUAUAAUUGACUUCAGUGAUCUGUCCAUCGGGGAUCCUCUAUGUGACUUGAUUCCGCUGCACCUGGAUGUUUUCCGUGGGGAUAUUGAUCUUCUCAGGGAGUACCUAAGAAGCUACCAGCUUCCUUUCCUGAGAGGGAAAUCAAACAAUGAUAUCUACAAGUCGGUGCGAAAUUCGAAGUUCAGCACUGCGUCAUAUCGCGCGAUGUGCUACUGCAUGCUGCACGAGGACAACGUGCUGGCAGCUAUAUUCGGGCUGUGGAAAGAGCUGCGAGCUGCAACGUCGUGGGAGGAGGUCGAGCACUUGGUCUGGGAUGACCUUAACCGAUACCAGCAAUCGUCGCCUACACUCUCUAGCUAG